CGAAUUACAAUCACGAAUGGUGAAUGCCUUUCAUUCACUCGAUCGACUCUGUCGUCGGCAAGCACAUCGUAACGUUCUGCCCAUUAGAUCGGACCUUCACGACUCAAAGGGCUGGGGUGUGAGCACACUUUCAACACUAGCCUACUCGAACUUGAACGUUGCCUAUUCCCACCGCACUGCUAGGUGCCCAUUGCACUGCGCUCGGCCGCUCGUCCAAUUCUUUCGCGCUCCACACGACAUUGCAUCAACUUAGAUCGCACAGAGACCGCGUGCGGCACUUUCCCCCUCAGCAACAUGUUCCAGCGGCCGGCUCACUAUCAACCUUGGCCAGGCAUGCUGCUCUUCUAAUCGUCAGACGUUCUGCUCCAAGUGUGCUGCCAUCAUGAGCGCCAGUGUUGCUGGUCGAUACGCUCAUGAUCGGCGGGGGGGAGGGGGGACGAUGCUAUACGAUAGCGGUAGUAGCAAUAAUAUGCACGGCUCCAAGCUCAGCUUGCUCGAGGCCGGCUCUUCCCCUGCUGCUCACCUGGAGCCUUCCACUGCUCGUCCUGGACCGAGCUCGGCACCCAUUACGGACUUCGGGCCUGCUAUCAAUCAAGGCCCAACAUGGAGGCCACGUCUACAUCCAGGCUCGACUGCGUUAGGCAAGCCCGACUUCUUUCCACCAGACACCGAUGCAGAGCAGCUUACGGAGCAAGUCAUUCGCUUAGGUAUCACUAAUCGCCCUGCUGUCGGCAACGAAACCAUGACCGCAAACGACAUGAUCUAUGACAGGUUGACUGGCGCCAAUGUAUUGGACACUAUGGGUUCCAUGAUGGACGAGAUCCUUAUGCGGAGAGAAGAGCUACAGCGUGAUAAGAUCAGUCCCUCCUCGCAUCGUGCCCCGCCACGAGUCACGCUCAACGAAGUCAAGCUGGCGGCAUACAUGAGGGACCUGGGAGACCCCAGCGUCCCCCUGCAGCGACUCGCUCGAAGCGUGCCACACGGUUACAGGGGUGAGCGUAUGCUGGAUAUGCUAUGGAUGGGAGGUGUUGCGCCGACGCCAGCAUCAUCCUCUGCCGCGGCGGCAGCGGCUGCCCGAUCAUCUGCCACCGCUUCUCAAGCCGCAAGUGUGCUGCCUCAAAGCACGCGUAAUCCCGUCGAGCUGCAUCGAGCAGUGUGGUUCGUACGAGUCGUCGGUGCCAGCGAGAUUUCUUCUUCGCGUGCUCGUCAGAACAGCAACUAUACAGCAGAGUGGACAGGCACUUUCAGCGGGUGGCUACGUAAGCAGCUCGCCGAACUCAACAUUGCUCCGACAGCAUCCAUGUAUCAAGCAGCUCAUUCAUCUCCAGCUUCCCCGGCCCCAACUAAUCGCACGCCCGCCCAUGCACGGUCUCAGCCUAUCGCCGCAUCUUCGCCAUACUCUGCUAGCGCUAACGGGCACAGCCUGAUAUCGUCUCGUGACUCCAUCAUACUGCAGCAGCCCGAUCUGGAGGCGCGUUGGUUCGCCAAAUGGGAGUACAGCAUCGGACUGGCUCAAGCGCUCGUUGCAGAGUCUCUUCUUGACAUUCGGGUUUUUGCGCUGUGGGUCUUCGAGCAGCUCGGCACCGCUUCGCUCGCCCAACUGCCAUUCGUCUUGACUUUGGCUCAAGAGCACGCAUGGGUCGCUUUGGAUGCGCUCAUCUUGCAAAGGGCGUUGCUGCAGUCCUUGUGCUCGUGCAUCACCGAGCUUCGCAAAGCCGAAAUGCCAGAGGACAAUAAAAACACGCGUCUCAUUCUCAAAGAAGCAUGCGAACUCGUCAGGUUCCUCUUCGACUCAAACUCGGACGCAUUCGUCUCUCCCAAGCUUUGGUCGCAGUAUAGGGCUACCAUACGCAAAGUCAUUGAUGAUUCUCAUGAUGGUGUUGAGACUUCUCGUGCAGCUGCACACAGGCGCGAGAAGCUGAACAACAUCGACAGGCGCGCUCAAGCGUGCCUUCUCGGCGAUCUCGUUGUCUCCUCCGAUGAAGUCUCGGCUCCGCGCUGCGAUAUCGAGCUGCUAGACGCCUUUUCUGUGAAUGAAACGGACGUCGAGGCACUUUCGGAUGCGUACUUUGCACGUUCCAAAGCGCAGUACUCCAUUCAAGAGAAACUUUGCAAUGUUCUGAUCUGGGCCACAACGCAAUGGCGAAGCGGCCAGCAUCGCCCACUACUCGCAGCGCGACUUGUCUGGACCUACCACAGCAGAUCGCAAGACGCGAGCGCCAGGCUAGCUUGCGGCUGGCGUGCUGUGGAUCUGCAAACGGUGCUCUUCGACUGGCUGUCUUCAGUAGACAAGGCUCAGCGAGAUCGCGGCAAUGCGACUCUAGCCGUACUACGAUCGCUGGAACUGGAGAGUAUCAUCAUUCUCGUCGGUGAGCUGAUACGUCUGGGCUGUUUCUCAUUCUCCAAGUAUCUCCAGCGCCUAACAGCGCGGGGCAUGACAGCGGGUCCGACAGCGCCUCUGAAAGGCACACCGCUAGGAUCUUUUGAAGCUUCGCACACUUCUCUUAAUUCCGAAGCUUCAUUACAUCAGCGAGUUCUGCGCUCCGUGCCGCUUGCAGCUGCGACUCCAGCAUUGUCGAGCCAAAGACGGUCUGCCAUCUAUGGCACACGCCUCAAAGAAUCCCACGAGGAGGCGUCGGAGCGCAGGCUACGACGCGAGCUUUCCAAUGCCUUGCCAUGGCUUCACGGCGCCUCUCCUCAAGAAGGCAAUAAUGCGUCAUUGCCAUCUGAAUUGAAGGAACAAAUUCCACAUUUGUGGUCCGCCUCGCGCUACACGCUGGCGAAGGUCAUCUCAAAUGACCUCAUGCCAAGUAUACGCUCCCUCGAAAGGAGUCUGACCGUUGACGAGAUAUGCAUUCUGGAAGUCAUUCUAGCACACGCGCGCGAUUACAUUGCUUUGUCACAGCUGCUCAGCAGUCAGUUGCUCUUGAUCACUUUCAUGGAAGACAGCGAAGCAUUGGAGGUCUUGAUCAGCUGCAUAUGCAAACAUGCUCUGUGCUUUGCCGCGCUGGACACAUUUCAUCAACUGGCAAAUGCCGUAUCCGACCUGUACAUCCAAUGCGCUGGCGACGACAAUUCCCCUUGGGGCGCCCCUUGCUUGGAAGCUUAUCAACGGGUCGCUGCCUUGCGAAACCUUCAUCGGCACCUCGCGCGCAAUUACGAAGAGGAGCAGACAUCGGCCUCUGAAGGCCAUUGCCGGACGGAACGCCGUCCAUCUGGUCAUCUCCAUGAUCAAGUUCUUGAGAUUGGUCGACGACUGGUUAGUGACCUUGAUGUGCGUGCAGCAAUGAGAAGCGUGCAGGCCAUUGCAGGUCGCGUAGCGGGGCAGAGCAUCCUCAGCGCAGCACUCCACCUUGUCUCAGAGGGUGCAUCGGAUGGGGCAAUAAUUGCUCUCGUGCAAUGGGCCAGGCUUGCCACCUGGACUGCUUCAGACCUCGAUGCUGUCCUGCGCUCGUGGGCAAGUCAAAGCGAGCUCAUGGCCGCCAACGAGGGGUUAGAGCUUUUCUUGCUGCGUUGCGUCGCAUCAGGCGCGCUUCUGAUGCGAGAUCUGUACGCGUCUUUCGUUCUGCCAGCUCUGGAGCUUGAGGCUGAGGAAAAUGGCGCUCCUCCAGUCGAGAAACAGAAAAACCGGAGCAGUAGACUAGCAACUGUCGCAGCCAUAAUCAAAGCUUCGAGUUCGCCAAGAGAAACCAGCGCAGCGCUCCGCCUUGACUCGCGUCACCGACUCCGGCUGGAAGCCGAAUCGGCCACCGUCACGGGGCCAAGUGGGAACCACUCUUUGCUCUUCCGCGUAUUGGUCCUGCUUCUACACCUGCCCAACCAUGAUGCAGCCGUACUAGCUCGUAACGAACUCUUGUCCAACUCCUCGGUGCGGUGCUGCAUCAUGAUCAAGGCUUUCGAGCUGUUCAGCAUCGUCAGCGAGGUCAGUCGCUCUGUCUGGGGCUCGAAUCCCAGUCAGGUGCUCUCGCAGGUCUUUGCUAGCGUCAAUCAAGCAGGGCUGUCCACCUUCAACCCAAGCUCAAUCGAUGCCGAGAUGAUCUUCCAACGCCUCGAUCCUUGGAGAUGCAACCUGACUGUGGCAGAAAUUGCUCACAUCAGUGGAAAGGUAGCAAAUGCAGAUGCUAGCGAACAUCUCCGCAGCCAAAACGCUCUGACAUCCUUGUCUAUAGCCAUCUUCGAGCCCUUGUGUCUCGUCUCGAACUCAAACCUCCAAAACCAGCUCAUACGUCAUACCAAGCACAUCAGCACAUUUCAAGGUCGACUCGUGGAUCUCUGCAUAGAAAAAUUGCUCCGACAUCUGCAUAGCUCCAGCAGGAGAGCGGGGUCAACGCACUCUUGGCUUCAUGACAGUCUGCAAACGCUCGCACAAGUCUUGCACAGCCAGUCCCGCGCUUCCAUCAGCCCUCAUACUCUGACCCUCGCUAGUCAGCUCCUUGACGCUGUCGCUGCGGGGUUCGAAAGAACGUCGAGCAGCAGAGACUGCCGGGACCCCAGCUUGAUCCCUUUGGAUGAGAACGUUCGUGCUAGCCUGGCGUGUGCGCGUCUUGCUGGCUUGUGGACAAGUGCAGAUGCCCGCUCUACAGCGCCGAGGCUCCUCGAGGCUAUGUGCGCUUGUGCUGCGAAUUGCAGUCUCGAGGCAUUGAACGACUUCGACGUCAUUGUAGACGCAAUGUCUGCUCUCAUGGAAGAUAUGCCGCCGGAUGGUGUCUCGAGCGCCCAGAUGUCCAUCUCAAGCAUCCUCGGUCAUGUUUGUGUUCGGUCAGCAAUGCCCGACUUUGCUCAAGCGCGACUACAAGCCCUGGCAAUGCCCGUCACAAUCACGACCCAAACACAUUCCGCCGGGGCCACCAGCGAUAUCAUCCUAGCAAGUAGCAUGACGUCGGCCGCUGUCAAGGGCAAUUUCAGUCAAGUACCCUUCAAAGCCUGGGAGCUCCAUGACCACAUGGAUGCCGACACAUUGUCCAGAGCACAAACCCGUCUUCCGGGAAGCACGAUACUCGGCGCCGGGUCUGGUACUAGCCACCUACCUUCAGUAUCGAUGAUUGACGCGGAUGAGGUAGGCUACGCUGCUGUCGACUUGGCAAACAGCGGAUCUGUUUCGCUCCUUCAAGUUGGCGCAGUGAAGACUCGUGACCGCGUGGCCAGCGCCUCCGGCCUCAAUGAUCACAUGUAUCCGGCGCGUAGCCACACCUCGAUCGGAGCGGACGAACCCGAGCACUGGGCAGCGCACGAAUCUGAGCGCACGUACGGUGAAGGAGGGGCAGGGGACACGACGUACGCUCGUGAUGCCCGAACGGGCUCCGACUUGCUGGCUCUGGAUAGGGCGCGAGGGGACGGCGGCGAAGCAGCUUUGAUACCCGAAGAGCUUCGAGCAGCCGAUCGUGCUCUUGCGCAACGUGCACUAGCAGCAGCAGCAGCUGAAGCUGCUGCGCGUGCGGCUCAAGAAGCAGUCAAGAAAGCUGAGGCUGCGGCUGCCGUGGCAGCUGCUGCGAAAGUGGUCCAGACAACACCACAACGUCCCAAACCUGUUCCCAAAGGCACUAGACAAGCACCUGCCACGUCUGCCAAGAGUAGAAAGCGCAAAGAACCACCGGACUCACCAGACACAGCGUCUCGACCGAGCGCCCGAGGUGGACGUGGAAGAGGGCGGGGUCGAGGUAAAGAAGCCAGAGCCGUGUGAUGCCCAUCACAGGAACAUCCGUUACGCUCAAGACAUUUGCCUGCAUCGAUUGGUGACGUGAAAUCAUUUGUAUUCUAUCGCAGUCGCACCACUCAUGACUGCAGCAGGCAAUCAUAGAUCGCAUGUAGGAGUUCUGCACGUUGAGUGAAAUGAGACGGCCAACUCCGGACUGCCCACGUGUUG